UAUUAUAUUUGUAAUAGUACUCGUCAAUCAAAUCGUCUCAUUUGCAAACGAAAAUGCAGAUUUAUAGUUUUAAUGGGUUAGAUAUUUUGAAAAGGUCUUUUUUAGAGUUGGGAAAAGCUUUGUAAGGAGUUUAACGUAAAUCUGACGGAAGUGUUUUAAAAUGGUCGGGAAAUUUCAUAAGGAGCUGAUAAUUUUAACAAUUUAAUCAUUUUCUUCAAGUGAUCUGAUUCAAUGUUGCACAUUUCCUUUCUUUAUCAUUGUUUGGAUUGUUGGAUUAUUCUGAUCAUUAGGCUACUGACGUUGUGACAGAUGUAGUUUUUAACACAUCAAUACAAGUAGCUGCACCACAAUUAUAAACUAGUAAAUAAAAAAGGAAUGGCAGAGCGUAAGAUCCUUACACGACAUAGCGUGAGUUCUUUGUCUUCAGUUGAAUCGAAAGAUCACAUAUCUUUGCUAGAAAAGAUAAGAAAUAUAUUCAGUCCACCUAGAGUAAACUUACAGAGACGCAUUGAGGAAAAUGAUGUUUUAACGACGGGCAAGAAAACACGUCCGUUCGUAAAGCGUUAUUUGACUUCUGAAGAUAUCGGUAAACCAGAAUAUGGAUGUAAAAAUGGAAACGAACGAUCUUAUGAGGUGCGAAAUAAAACACAAAUUCCCAAAUGGCAAGAAUUUGAUAAAUCGGAAGAUGGUUUAAAUUAUUACGGCGGGCCAAGGCAUGACAAACAAUCCACUUACAUUUGCGAAAAUGAGACGACGAAUCCUAACCGGCCUCUAGUAACACUUGAGAAAACAAACCUUCAUUCAUCAUCGGAUUUACAUAGAAUCCAUUCGGGGAACCCAACACAUUUAUUUCCUUCGUUACUAAAACAUGAUGAAGAAAAUAUUAAGAUAACUGAAAAUAAUGGCGUUGACUCUAUCGAAGAUAUGGACGCAGAUAUAGAAGAUGAAAAGAUCGACAGCCACAAAAUGACAGUUAGAAAUGGCACAAACAAGCUAGUCAUGCUGAGUAAAGACCAUAAUGAUCUGAAAAGAUUGUUUGUGAUAACUAUCAUUCUGUUUGUUUGUGUAAUAAUGGUAUUAUCAGUGGUACUAGUAACAACCAAGUUGACAUAUGAACGUGAUAUGCCUUUUAGUGCUGACGAUAUUAAAGACAUUAUUGACGAACAUUUAUCUUCGUUAAAACAAGUCAGAAAUGACGAAAUUAAACCGAUUGUUGAAUCACAUUUGUCGUCGACAACGGUUAAGCAAAGCAUAAGAACGUCUAUAUAUUGUGUGCCUUGUACAGGUAUUGAUAACACAGUUGCCAAACAUUUUGUGAAAUCCGACGAGGAUGAAUGCUGCAUCAAGGACAUGACCCUGCUUUUAAGAAUGAUCUCGGAAUUAAAUGAUAAGACUACUAAAGAAUGUGCAUCAAAGCUUAACAUUUUAGAGCGAAGUAAGUAUUGAGCCUUGUCACAUUUUUAUUGAAUUUAU